CGGCAGAAGGAGCGGAAGUUCCGUUGUGACCUGGGAUAGCAAGCGCCUGCUGACAAUUUCUCUCUAAAUCGCUGCACUCCUCACAUUGUAUGUGUGGCAACAACAUGUCUGUACCUCUGCUCGCUGAAGCUGUGACUUUGUCUGGGACAGAGAAGGAGACAGCUGUGGUGAUCUUCCUUCAUGGCUUGGGUGACACUGGACAUGGUUGGGCCGAUACCAUGAUGUCUAUUCGGCUGCCUUAUGUCAAAUACAUCUGCCCACAUGCACCCAGAAUCCCUGUAACACUCAACAUGAAGAUGACCAUGCCCUCAUGGUUUGACCUCAUGGGCUUAAGCCCAGAUUCACCGGAGGAUGAACCGGGGAUCAAGAGGGCAGCAGAGAACAUAAAGGCCAUCAUUGAUCAUGAAGUAAAGAACGGGAUACCAUCAAAUCGUAUUAUUCUUGGUGGUUUCUCUCAGGGUGGAGCACUUUCUAUCUACACUGCUCUGACCUCUCAACAGAAAUUAGCGGGUGUUGUUGGGCUUAGCUGUUGGCUUCCACUUCACAAGACCUUCCCACAGGCUGCAAGUGGGAGUGGAAAUAAGGACACUCCCAUCCUGCAGUGUCAUGGGGAAAUGGAUCCCAUGAUCCCAGUGCAGUUUGGGGCUAUGACAGCAGAGAAGCUCAAGACCAUUGUCUCUCCUGUGAACAUCACUUUCUGCACCUAUCCGAGUCUCAUGCAUAGCUCCUGUCCUCAGGAGAUGUCUGCUGUGAAGGAUUUCAUUGAAAAGCAGUUACCCCGAAUCUGACCUCAUUCUAACUCACUGUGACCCUUAGACACUGACUUCUCACCUUCAACCUGCCAUUCUCUCACAGGAAACAGCCAUGGUCCCCUACAACACAAAAAUACAUUCAUGCACAUACACAAACACACUCAUGCAUGAACAUUCAGUUAGACAUACUGUGAACAUGCAACACAUGCAUACAGUUUUAUCUCACACCUUUGUAAUUUCAUACAUCAAUGGACAUAUAUUAAAAACUUAUAAGUGUUAGAAUUGUUAUACAUGACACAUGAACAUCUUAUAUUAAUAUUCCACCAAACUCUUGGGGUACUUACUGACUUUUAUUUUACAUUCCCAUAAACAUUAAAGGGAUAGUUUACCCCCCAAAAAAGAAAAUUUUGUCAGCAUUUACACCCACACCUUGAUUGUUGCAAACUCUUAUGAUAUUCUUUAUACCAUGGAAUAUAAAAGGAGAUGUUAAGCUUAAUGUUAGCCUCAAUCACCAUUUAUUUUCAUUUGUAAGGAGAAAAAAAAAAGAUGCAUUGAAAGUGAAUGGUGACUGAGACUAACAUUGUGCCUAACAUCUCCUUUUAUGUUUGAAACAACAAGAGGUUGAGUAAAUGAUGACAGAUUUUUUUGUUUUGUUUACUAUCAUUUUAAAUCUUCUCUCUCUUUCGCUCUUCAUCUCUCAAUGCAGUAUGGGUAACAUUUUAUUAGACGGCUCCUUUACACAGAAAUCUGGAGAGUUCAGCUGCUGCGAGUCUGUGGUGGUGUGUGGAGGAAGUUAGUCAAAGCCUGGUGCCGUUUGGAGUGAUAUGUGUCACAAUGCUCUGCAUGCUAGUCCCACUGUGCAUGCCUGCGGUGAGGGUUCACCGGGAUGCUGCAACUCCUGCUUGUGCUGAAAUAUCUUUUUUUUUAAUGUUUUUUUUUUUAGCUAGAAUUAUGUGAAAAAUAAGCAAAAGCCACUCAAAUAAACUAAGCACAUGAAUUAUUCAAAUCUUCCAGUAUGUUUUGUUCUUCUAAAACAAUUGAUGACUUAAAAUCCAGAAUAAGAAUAUACUAAUUGUAUAUGGUAAAAUUUAUGUUUUCAAUUGUGCCAUAUUUAUAAAAUCUUGCGCUAAGGCUUUUGGCUUUGAGUCUGUGAAUUGUGUCUAGACUGGUUAUGGCUUUAUAACUAUUUUAGGAAAAGCAGCAUUAUAAGCUGGCUUUAGAUUUUAGAGUAUAUAAUUUUAAAAUAAUAAACAAUACUUUGUGCUUGACAUCACUUAUUUGCUAUAAUCAGUGUGCAUCACUCCAGACGGUGCUGGUAAUAAUCUGCCGUUGCUUUAAAUAGCCUCCUAAAUCCUCCCUAAUUCCACUUCAUUGCCACAUCAUAUUCCAUUCACAUAACCAAACACAAUGAAGUGUUCUAGGGUCUCAGAUUGCAAAUGUAUAUACAUUUCAGGUUCCAUUUUAUUGCAUAAAAGUAUUGUUUACUGACAUGACCUAUAAUUAUGGAUGGUAGGUUACAGUUAUACAGCCGUGCUAGCAGAAGAUGUGGUGGAUUGAGCCUGCUGAUAUUAAAGAAGCAAAAAAAAAAAAAGUAACCUUGAUUAGCUAUUAGAACUGAAAGACGAGUUUGCAAACAUGGAUGCUAUAGUCGUUUCUCACAGUUUGCUUGUAAUGGAUUAAGAUGGUUUGUGUGAUGAUAUCUAAACAGUUGUUUGCAAAGUAGUGAAUGUUGCUUUUUUAAAUCUAAGUAGAUGUUCUUCAAUAUAUUGUUUCAGUGUUAUUUUUAUCUUUUUAACACUGUUACUGAGUCUAUUUGACUUUGACUUCCAUAUUUUAAUAAGCAAUGAUCCCCUAUUUUCUAAUUGGCAUUACACCUUAUGAUUAGGUAGUGUUAUUUCUUAGCUUUGAACAGGUUUCCUAUAUGCCCUAUGGCUUGAAUGUUUUAUAUAUUAAUCAUGGGCAUGCCAGGCACAAGUUGGUAAGAAGAAACUGACAAUAUCUUUGGGUUUAGCAGUGAAAUUAUAAGUCUGUUUAUGUUUACCUGAGUUGUAUUUUGUUAGAUUUUGUUUGAUAAUUUGUGCUAAUUUAAACUAAACCAACUGUGUUCUGUUUUUGUCUUUUAAUUUGAUAAAGUGUACAGAGGGACAAUUGGUUCUUCAGCAAUUUUCCCAAAACACCUGUAUGUGAAAUAAAUGAUGCAAAUCACAACAA